AUGCCCAAAGGUAAAGGCAAGAAGGGCAAGGAUGCAAUCUCGGUUGCAGAGCUGGACAAGAUGUCCCCCGAGGACAUGUCAGAGAAACAGCUGAAGAAGUACGUUAUUUACCUCCAGGAGGAGCUUGAGAUGGAGGGUCGGGAGAGGACAUACUUCCAGCUGGAUGUGGACAAACUGAAUUCCUUCUUGGAAAUGUGCAGUGGGGACCUGGAGGAGACGAAAGCAAAGCUGUUCCUCAAAGAUAUAGAGCGCAAGGAGGCAGACAAGCACCACCGAACGGAGAUCGGGAAGUACGAGACGAAAGUGAAACACGCCGAGUUUGAGCUGCACAGCGCAGUCUCAGAAGUGAAGAUGGAAGUCUCUGACUCUGCAUCGCUGAUCAAAAAACAGCAAACAGAGUUUGAGCUUGAGCUCCAGAGGAUCAAUCAAAAUAUGCAUGAGGAUCAGAGAUUGGACAAAGUCAUGAAAGAAACCAGUGUCAAGGAGGUCAUAAUAAAACAUCAGUUGGAGCUGCUGGAGCUGAACCAAGACUAUGACAAGAGAAUCAGAGAAAUGAAGGACCAGUAUUGUAAGAAGUAUCAGAUGAAGAUCAAUGCAGAUGAGAAAAAGCAUUGGGAACUGGUCAAAAAGCACGAGGACCAGUUAAGAAGUGAUGCUGACAACCUGAUUCAGAAACAUAAGGCCACUCUCAGAGCUGUGUCAGACAAACUCUCUACCUUGCAGACUGACGCGAUGACGCAGGAGAAGGCGUUGGAGAAGAAGGUGGCAGAGCUACAGGUGCUGCUGACUCAAGUGGACAAAGACGUUUCGGCAGCUAAGCAGGAGAAUGAAUCUCUAUGUAGUUCUGUGGAGAAAUCUGAAUUCAAGCUGACUGAUCUUGACCGACGGAUGCUUGACUACAACCAGCACAGGGGGGACAUUGUUAAGAAAAAAGCUUGCAUGAAGGUCAUCACGGGUGAGCUGAGGGACGUGACGGUGAAGCAUGAGCUGCUGCAGCAUGAAUUAGAGGAACAUGAGAAGGAGUGCGAGGAGAUGCAGAGAAAGCACAGGCAGGCCACGUGGGACCUGCAACAGCAAGGAGCUCUUAAGGAACAAGGUCUUCAGAGGAAGCUGGCCCUUCUGACACAAACUGGGUAG